CUACCCCAAGAACCAGAACAGUACAACCGAAAUCAGAGUUUAUUGGAGACAGGGACAAGAAAGCCCUUGUGGGAAUAAUCCAUUCAUUUAUAAUCACACUGAAGGGUUUACGCAUGUUGACUAUAUAGGAAGGAUCUCCAUGGUGGGAAACCCAGUGACAAAUCAGACUGCGACAAUCAGAAUUCAAGGAGUUACAGAAAAAGAUGGUCCGAUGUUCUGCUGCCGGGUGAUACUACUGAAUAACAAAACAAAACACAUUGAACAACAAUGGCAAAACCGCCAUGGCACAUUCCUACAUUUUCCCAAUACAAUGUGGCUGGAGCAGUUGGAUGCUGUUCCUGCUCUCUCAGGGGAAACCAUCACCAUUCCCUGUCAUAUUAAUUACCCUCCUGGGAAAAGAAAUAGUUUAUCACAAGUUACCUGGAAAAGGGGAUCAAGGGAUCUGUGCAGUGAGAAUGAUGUGAUAUUUACAUGGAGAUCAAACAAUGCACAAAACCAGCCUGAAAGGUUCUCAUUGGUUAAUUUCCCUGAUGACGUCUCAUUAAUAAUAAAACAUGUGAGAUUUACAGACGAGGGUCAGUACUGCUGUGAAGUGUCUGCAAGAUCGUCUAUCCUUACAAGCACCCAUGGCACAGAGCUGGCAGUUGGAGACUUCAACCCUCAUCGAUCAUAUAAAGUUCUACAAUCUCAGGAUUCCUUUGUUGAGUUGGGAGACUCAGUCACUAUAAAUUGUUCAUUCAGUUCAUCUGUAGAGAGAAUCUUGUGGACCGGAAUCUACUGGACAGUUGGCAGCCCAGCAGGAAAUUAUUCCUAUCACCCUUCACAGCAGAUGAUCCGUUCCACAUACAGGAACAGGACCAGCCUGAUAGGCAAGGCAGAUCUUCAUAUAAAGGACAUACAAAGCACAGACAGUGGAACCUAUUACUGCUUGGUGAUGCUACGAUUCUGUAUUGGAAACAACAAAGUCAAAUCAACUGUUCUCCAUGGAGUGGGAACCAGACUGAAUGUAGCAGAUAAUAAAGUAGGCCCACCCCUAAUCAAUGAAACUCUUGGAAGCAGUCACAUGACAUUCGUAAUUUCCGCGCUUUCCGCGCUGCUCUUGGUAAUCAUCCUGUGUGGCAUCUUGAUCGUUCUCAAGAAGAAAGGUAUUAUUUGUAAAACAACUAAAUCAAUGGACAAUACGAACCACCAAUCAGUUGACAGUUCUCCAAAUAAACAGACAAGCACCUUAAACGAUAAUGCGACAUAUGAGACAAUCCCAGAUAAAAGGACAGAACCAGCGGAGGCAGGAGGAGUUGUAUACGCUCAACUGAACAAAAACUCUUUCAACAAGGGAAAUGAAACUAACAAUUCUGAGAAUCUUCCUAACCAGGAACCUCAAGUCGUGUACGCCACCGUCAGAACCAACAAAUGAAACAGAUUCAUUUAAAAAAAAUGGCACAAGGAAAUUACUCACCUCAAAUGUUAUAGUUACAUAGUUACAUAGUUACAUAGUUACAUAGCUGAAAAGAGACUUGCAUCCAUCAAGUUCAGCCUUCCUCACAAAUGUUUUUGCUGUUGAUCCAAAAGAAGGCAAAAAAGCCUAGUCUGAAGCGUUUCCAAUUUUGCAACAAACUAGGAAAAAAUUCCUUCUUGACCCCAAAAUAGCAGUCAGAUGUCUCCAUGGAUCAAGCAGCUAUUACCCCACUAAUUAGAAAGUAUAUCCCUGGAUGUUAUGUU